AUGGCCACCAUGGAGGAGGAGGACCUGUCAGAGUAUUUCCGCAUGCAGUAUGGGCAGAAGCUCCUGAAGCUGCUGAUGAAAUUCCCAGCGCCGGAAGAACAAUCCCCAUCACCGUCCAUUCGGCUGCUGGAGAAGAAGAAAGAGGCCACGCUGGUGCACAGGGCUAUGGAGGCUCAGAAGGAGGCUUUCCGGACGAGGAUGGAGGCCCUGAAUAACCGAUGGGAGGAGCUCAGGGCCAAGGAGAUUCAGCUGAAGGCUUAUAUAAAGAAAUUUGAGCAGUUCAUACAGGAAAAUGACCAAAAGCGAAUUCGAGCCCUGAAGAAAGCCAACAAGGAGAAAGAGCUGAAGAAACAGAGGGUGAAGGAGCUGGCAAAGGCCAAGCUGGACAUGGCAGUCCUAAAACAGGAGCAUCAGCGGCUCUUCAACAAGCUGCAGCAGUACUCCAUCUUCAACAAGUACCUGGAGAAGGUGGUCGAGAUGUCGGAGUUUGAGGAGAUACGGGAAGUCAUUGGCCGGUACAAGACGCUGGUGGGCAUGCACCAAGAUCUCAUGCAGUCGGCACAGGAGGGUCUGGAGAUGAUUGAGCAGGCGAAGGUGCGCCUGUCGCACUACACCGAGGAGAAGGACGACGAGAUCCUGCAGCACAACAACGAGCUGGCGCGCCUGCAGAUGCGCUUCGACCACGCCCGCAGCGAUGUCAUUGUCUGGGAGUCUCGCUGGGCCCACAUCCAGAACACAGCUGCCAAGAAAACCCUCAUGCUGGGCACCAUCAAGAUGGCCACCCUGAACCUCUUCCAGAGUGUGAGCAAGCAACUGAAGGAGACCUUGAGCGUGCCUGUGGAGGACACCCACAAGCAGCUGGACAUGAUCCAGCAAUUCAUCCAGGACCUCUCCGACAUCUGGGCAGAGGUGAAAAAGAAGGACACCCAAAGCCGAUCAAUGAUAGUUGUGGUCAAGGACGUGUAA